AAUCACCACAACGCAAUAACAUUUUGAGAUUAAGCCUCACGGCUCUAUAGCUCCAAUGGCUUUUUCUCGUAGCAUCUCAGUUUCUUUCUUCAUUUUCAUUUUAUUCGCCGUAUUAAUCAAUCCGGCCAUCUCUUCUCGCGUCUCAUCCUUCAUCAAGCUCCCGGUCACCGUCCACGAGUCUCGUUCUUCCUCCGUUGCUUCCUAUUGCGAGAGCUGGAGAUUGUCCGUCGAGACCAACAAUGCCGGAUCCUGGAAGGUGGUUCCUUCAAAAUGUGUUAGCUCCCUUGAAACUUAUUACAACCGAGGCCAGUUCGACAAGGACUACAAUGUAGUCGCUAAUUACGCUCUAGCCUUCGCUAAAACGAUCAAGAUCGGUGGAGACGGUAAGGACGCUUGGGUCUUUGACAUCGAUGAGACACUUCUCUCGAACCUCGAGUACUACAAGGCAAAUGGUUACGGGUCUGUGCCGUACAACUCGAAAACGUUCAAUGAGUGGGUGGUACAAGGUACAGCCCCAGGUUUUGAUGCAAGCUUGAAACUGUUCAACGGUCUCAAGAAACUUGGUUUCACUAUCAUUCUCCUAACCGGCCGAGACGAGGCCCAGAGGAGCAUUACCGAGAAAAAUCUCCUGGAUGCCGGUUAUUCCGGUUGGGAACAUCUUCUCUUGAGGGGUGACGAAGAUCAAGGGAAAGCAGCUGCUCAGUACAAAUCAGAGCAGCGAUCAAGAAUGGUUAAGAAAGGCUUCAAACUCCAUGGAAAUACUGGCGAUCAAUGGAGUGACCUUCAAGGUUUUGCCGUGGCCGAUCGUUCUUUCAAAGUCCCAAAUCCAAUGUACUUUAUUGCUUGAUCAUCAAUUCAUCAUCCGCUGUUACGUGAAAUUUUAGAACUUAUUUAUGAAUAAACAAGUUGCGAAAGUAUUUCGUGACUGAUCCGAAAAUAACCAAUCUUAAUGUACCACAUUCUUCUUCUUUUUUAGAACGAUUUAUGUUUCAAUGCUUUA